AUGCCGUCUAACUUAGAAAACUUUCAGCAAAGUUCUUAUUCAACCUAUUAUUCUCCAAUAAAUUAUUCUUCAACCUGUUGUUUAUCCUGUUACCCCCUUCAAGAAAUUCAAUCACAAAAUGUUAUACAAACUGGUUCUUUAGAAGUUGUUGAUAACUAUCCAAAUAUUUAUAUUACUCGGUUUUUUAAAAAUAAAAAAGAAAAAUAUCAUUACAAAAUUUGGCGUCUUGGUCAUUACCCAUCACAUGUUAAACAAACCCAACGAAGCAAUUAUCUAAUUCCGAAUGGAUAUAUGGUUGGUGUAAGGAUCUAUGGUGUGGAUACUAUUGCUGAAACACAAUAUGAUUCUAGUGAUAAAGUAGUAUACACAGUAACUUGGGACGAUAAUAAUGGAGAAAAGAAAUCAAUAUCAAGUAAUAAAUCAGCAAGUAAUGUUGCUACUUUACUUUUACAGAAAUUAACUGGUAAUAACAAAUCAUUAUUGUCUGGGACAAUACUUUUUGGGUUUGAUCUCGAAUGCUUAAAAAAAAGACGAAUUGAUCAAGAUCAAAAUCCAAUUCGAAUCCAAAAAAAUAAACCUUACCAUCAACUUAGAUCAGAGUCACAAAAAAAAGUUCGGCUCCAAAAUUUGGCUUAUAAGAUUCAUAGUGAAAUUGAAUCUAUAAUUAAUUCACAUAAUUUUUAUAAUACAAAAUUAGAACAUUUAGAAUUAAAUAUAGAUGGAUCAUAUAUUAAAUUACGAAACGUAGAUUUGAAAAAACCAGAAUUAUCUCAGCAUUUAGAUUCAAUCAUUCGUGUUUGUGAUGAGUCUCUAAUUACUCGUAAUGGAUAUCGUCAACUUGCUGCCAUUAUGCCUGAUAUGGAACGUGAAUAUAAAGUUGGAGAACGUCGACAAGAAAUAACAAGAAUUAUGAACAAUAUAAUUCCCGUUCACGUAGUUCAAAUUGCUUCAGUCACACCAAAUGGUGCUUAUAGAUCCCUUAAAAAUAUUUUACAUGUUUUAAUUUCUAAAUUAGCAUAUAAGGAUUCACCAGUAUUACGAAUAGGAGACAUUGUUCAUGUUAAAUUAAGUGGUGAUGGACGACAGGUUGGUAAACAUCAUAAUCAUGUAAUGUUUACUGCCUGUAUAUUAAAUGAACACGAAGCAGUUUUAAGUCCUCAAAAUCAACAUUGUAUUUUUCUUUAUACUGGUACUGAACAAUACGAAUCUCUUCAACAAGCUUUUAGCUUGUUGAUUGACGAAUUAUUAUCAUUAAAUACAGAAGGAAUUAUUGAUUCAAAUAAUAAUCAUUGGCCAAUUGAAUUUUGGUUUGGCUCUGAUUGGAAGUUUAUGUCUUUAGUACUUGGUACUAAAGGACCUACGGCAAUUUAUUUUUGUCUAUACUGUGAUUGCAAAAGUACCGAUCGUUGGAAUAUGGAUUUAGAUUACGAAAAUUUAUGUAAUACACAGGGUCGCAAAAAUUUCAAUCUUUUACCAUUUUUAGAAAAUCAACAUUGUAUACCAGAUGAGUUGCAUAUAAUGCUUCGAAUUACUGAUGUUUUAUUCGAAUGCUUUUUUUUAGAAUUAUCAACUGAACCUUCAUUUAAUAAACGAUUAAAAAAUAAUACCGGUUUAACAAUUCGAGAACGAAUUGAAUUAACAAUUCAUUCACUCGGUAUUAAUAUAUUUAAAUUUAAAGAACCUGAAACUUCAAAAGGAAGAUGGUAUUGGACAUCAUUAAUGGGACCCGAUAAGCUUGAUCUAACAGAUGAAGAUAUUAUUAAUUUCAAAACUUUAGCACGACAAUGGGUUAAAAAUUUUUGCCAACCAACGAUUGAAACUAAGGAAGGAAAAAUUUUACAAGAAGGAUUAUAUCAACGUGAUGAUAUUACUCCUUAUAUGCAUGUACUCGCAUGUCAUAUUCCAAAAUUUAUGAAGUUUCUUAAAACAAAAAAUUUGAAUCUACGAUGGUUUUCGUGUUCAGGAAUUGAAAAAAAAAACCAUAACCAUGUUCAACUAUUUUAUGGAGGUACUACAAUGGGUGGUGGCAAUUCUUUAAAACCAGCAGCAUAUGAAAUAU